GGGAGGCGAGACGCUGGCCAUGGAGGCGGGGGUCUGCCGCUACCAGUUUCGGAUCGCGCUGCUGGGGGACGCGGCCGUGGGCAAGACGUCGCUGCUGCGGUGCUACAUGAGGGGCGCGCCCGGGAUCCCCGAGCCCGAGCUGGAGCUCGAGUCGGCGCCCACGGUGGGCGUCGAGUUCUACAGCCGCACUGUGCAGCUUCAGGCUGGGCCGCGCGUCAAGCUGCAGCUCUGGGACACGGCGGGCCAGGAGCGCUUCAGGUGCAUCACCAGGUCCUUUUACCGGAAUGUGGUGGGUGUCCUGCUGGUCUUUGAUGUGACAAACAGGAAGUCCUUUGAACACAUUCGAGACUGGCAUCAGGAGGUCAUGGCCACUCAGGGCCCGGACAAGGCGAUCUUCCUGCUGGUUGGCCACAAGAGUGACCUGCAGAGUGCCCGUUGUGUCUCAACCCAGGAGGCGGAGGAGCUGGCUGCCUCCUUGGGCAUGGGCUUUAUGGAGACCUCCACCAAAAGUAACUGCAAUGUGGACCUGGCCUUCGACACCCUUGCCAACACCAUCCAGCAGGCCUUGUGGCAGGGGGCCAUCAAACUGGAGGAGGACUGGGGGGGUGUGCGGCUCAUCCAGAACACCCAGGUCUCCAGGCAGCCCAGCAGAAUGCAGCACCCGGGCCCGUGCAGGUGCUGACUCUAGGAGGGAAAGGGUUAAAGCAGUGCUGGUGGGGUGGGGCGUGUUCUUAUCUCUCUGGAGGCCAAAUGGCAGAAUCUAUUCAGACAGUUAUUACAAACCAUAUCCUGGCACAGUCAUGCCUCCUAGAUUUUGGGGUCUCAGAGCUCAGCCCCUUUUCCACCAGAAAGGUCUAAGAAGCCAGCUGUGCAGCUUCCUGUCCUGGAGCCUGUUUGCUCUGUGGGCAGAGGCGCUCAUAAGAGACCCCACUCACGGGGGGUUGUGGGCAUGACUGAGAUCAUGGAUGCGCUGUGCUCAGCCAGAGCCAGAGCCUCCCACACGGUGAGAAUCGAAUAGCAAGAACUGUCGUCGCUGCUGGUCUUUCCUCUCUUAGCUAGGAUGCGGCCAUUUCAGGUAGUGUCCCUGGGCUCAGACGCCGAGCUGCUCAGCGUGUGGACGCUGCUACACAGGCGAGGAGGGGGGCAGGGGCUUUCAGGCUGAGCCAGGUCUUCAGGCUUGGAUGAGAAAGUGCGUCCUAAAACUCGGAUUGCUGCCCAGUGCUCCUACUCCAAGGCCACGGAUCAGAGAGGCAGGGAUGAAUAUGAACAGCUCUCUGGCUGGGCGCAUGGUGGACAGUGUUGGUUAGCCACCAAAAUCUCCCCUCAGGGCUGAAGAACCCAUACCCUCCUCCCCAUCAAAGCUCCUAGCUGCUGAAGUGCUAUGUGGUGGGGAAGCCCAGGCUGCUCUCUCUGGGAACUGCCUGCUCAUCUGGGGCAGCCCACAGUCCAGCAUCAAUGUAUCAGCUCUGUUGGGGGGGGUAGUGUUCAAAGACCUGGCUUUCUUGCCUCAACUCUGAAGGAAACACCCAUCUUCAUCAUUCUCCAUGGGGUCGAGGCCACUGUUAGGACAGCAUCACAGCUAAAUCCUCCUGCUCAAUCCUGCUUUCUUCCCUUCCUCCCCCACAAGCAGGUAUUGAUCUCAAGAAUCUCCUAAUAGGGACUUCCCUGGUGGUUCAGUGGCUAAGACGCUGAGCUUCUGAGCUUCUGGUUUCGAUCCCUGCCCAGGGAACUAGAUCCCACAUGCUGCAAUAAAGAUCGAAGAUCCUGAGUGCCACAGUUAAGACUUGGUGCAGCCAAGUAAAUAUUUUUUUUAAGAAAGAAUUUCCUAAUAAAGGUCUGCACAAAAAUACAAGGGGGGAAAAAAAGUCUGCACCCUUGGAAUUCCCUGGC